GAACAAAACACAAACGUACCUGCACACGAUAAUAGAACCAAGGAGAAAGGCACAUGCCUCCGAAAUUCGAUCCAUCCGAUCCAGCUGUAGUACAGCUUAUAACGCUGUUCGACUCCCUCGGACUUAGUCCCAGCAAGUCCCUCGAGACCGCCAAGAGUUCGAAGAACGCCGCCCAGCUCAAGGAGCUAAUUAUUGCUCAUGGUUUGGAAGGAAAGAAUCUUGAGGAGAAGAAGGCACUACUUGUUGCUGCUCUUGCUGCGCAGGGUACGUACCUAGGAUCGGAGGCGAAGGCAUAUGUGAUCGACAAAGUACUGGAGGGGAAGCUGGAACGUGGAGAUCAGCUCACUGCCGCCGUGAAGUACCUCGCACAGCACCAGCUCACUGCUACCAUGAAUUACCUCGAGCCGCACCGUGGAGCGAUAAAUGAAGCGGAGUUUGAUGCAGAGUGUGGUGUAGGCGUGGUCGUUACUCCUGAUCAGGCCGAGCAGCUUGUGCUCCUCUAUCUUGCGGAGAACGCGUCGGCCAUCGAGGGAUGGCAAAGCUUUAGCGCUACUCUCAUGAAGCUCAAGGCUACCCCAGAAUUGCGCUGGGCCGCUACCCUCGAUGUGAAGAAUGCAACGGAGGCGGCGUUCCUGAACAAGUUCGGACCGAAGGUAUCGGUCAAUCCCAAGGACAUGAGGAAGGCUGCUGCAUCGAAGACCGCGACACCCGGGAAUGUCACACCUACUGCCAGUGAUUCAAGCUCGGGCAUAGUGGCAUUGAGCUCGGAGAAGACUGUGUUCGAAGAAGGCUUUCUAGGAAGGCUUCAUAAACCUGGCGGCAACCCCCAGCUCAAUGGGGCUUUAAGGGAGAAGCACCUCAAGACUACAGGAGGUCAGGUGUGGACUCGUUUCCCACCCGAACCAAACGGAUACCUGCAUAUCGGCCACUCUAAAGCGAUUUUCGUCAACUUCGGAUAUGCGGCACACUUUGGCGGAAAGUGCUAUUUGCGGUACGACGAUACCAACCCAGAGGCAGAGGAGCAGCAGUACUUUGAUUAUAUCCUCGAGAUGGUCCGAUGGCUGGGCUACGAGCCGUGGAAGAUCACCUACUCCAGCGACUACUUCCAGAGACUGUACGAUCUUGCGGUGGAUUUGACCAGGAGGGACAAAGCGUAUGUAUGUCAUUGCUCUGCCGAGAAGAUAUUUGCGGAUCGAGGUGGAGAAGAGCGUGGACCGCGGAAGGCGUGCGAACACCGAAAUCGGCCAAUCGCAGAGUCUCUGGCAGAAUUCGAGGGCAUGCGAGAUGGCAAGUACAAACCGGGAGAGGCAAUUUUACGAAUGAAGAUGGAUUUGGAAGACGGAAAUCCUACGAUGUGGGACACAAUCGCAUACCGUGUCCUUAAUGCGCCGCAUCAUCGUACUGGCACCACAUGGCGCAUAUAUCCAACUUAUGACUUUACCCACUGUCUCUGUGAUAGUUUCGAAAAUAUCUCGCAUUCCCUUUGUACAACCGAAUUCAUCCUCUCCCGUCAGUCAUACGAGUGGCUCUGCGACGCCCUCGAAGUAUACAAGCCUAAGCAGUCCGAGUAUGGUCGCCUCAAUAUCCAGGGCACCGUUAUGUCGAAACGUAAAAUUCUCAAGCUGGUCAAAGAAGGUCACGUCAGUGGUUGGGACGACCCCCGUCUAUAUACCCUCAUCGCCCUACGCCGUCGUGGUAUUCCACCCGGCGCUAUCAUCUCUUUCGUCAGUGGCCUCGGAGUCUCAACUUCACCCUCCAACAUCCAGACCGUUCGGUUUGAACAGGCCAUUAGGCAGUAUUUGGAGAAUUCCGCUCCGCGCUUGAUGAUGGUGCUGAAACCAUUAAAAGUCACGCUCGAGAAUGUGCCGGAAGAUUACGUUCUUAUGAUUGAGAAGCCUCUGCAUCAGAAGGUACCAGAGUUGGGAACUAGCAGCGUCCCCUUCACCCGAACAUUGUACAUUGAUGCGGAAGAUUUCCGCCUGGAGGACUCGAAGGACUACUUCCGCCUCGCACCUGGCAAGACUGUCGGCUUAUUCCAGGCUCCUGCUCCUGUCACCUGCACGAGAUAUAGCAUUGAUCCAGUCACGGGAGAAGUAGCUGAGCUGUUCUGCACACUUGGGGAGAGUAAUUCCACAUCGAACAAGCCUAAAACCUUCAUCCAGUGGGUGGCCGACCAUCCCGCCUCGGGCAGUCCUAUACGCGUCGAUGAGACGCGUAUUUUCCACCAGCUAUUCAAAAGCGACGAUCCUGCUGCGACUGAAGACUUCAUCGCGGAUGUGAAUCCCAACAGCCUGGAAGUGGUGGAAGGUGCUUUCAUAGAAGUUGGUUUCUGGCCCCUUGCCAAGAAGGCGAUUGGAGAUGCCCGCAAAGACAGUGAGGCGAGACUGAAGGCCGCAGCGACUUCCGGUAGUGAGCCUGCGAAGGAAGCAUCACCAGUAGGAGCUCUACACGACGCACAUAAUCAGCCCGUGGCGAGCGUUGAGCAGCUCGUGGGUAAUGAAUGUGUGCGCUUCCAGGGCUUGCGUGUUGGCUAUUUUGCGGUUGAUAAAGACGCGCAGCUAGGAUGUCUCACGGAGGGUGACGCGCCGAAGCCUGGGUCGCGUCCUGGGGAUGUUGUGAUCCUGAACCGCAUUGUCACCCUCAAGGAAGACUCAGCCAAGAAGGCUUCGUAGAGCGCAAGGUGGUUGAUGCAGGUAAAUUACGCGUCGAGAUUACAUUUUAGACCGUGUUGAUGUAUGCAUGUUGGCUGUAAUGAUGUCACAAUACC